AUGCAUCCGCUGUCAGCAGUGGAGUCUCCAGCUUUUAGCAAGACCCCCGUCCAGACUAGCAAUGACAAGAACCGGCUGCUGGUGCUCUAUAGGUGGGGAGCAGGUCUGUCCUCAAAGGUCUGCGCCCUGGGCACUGGCUGGCUGCCACCCCAGUUCCUUUCCUGUGUCUCACGCCAGUUGAAGCCAGACGCCAUUCCCCUUCAGAGGAAGCUGUGCUAUGCGGUGGGGGGGAUCCCCUACCAGAUCACCAACAUUGCAAUCGGCUUCUGCCUGCAGGUUUUCCUUCUGGACGUGGUCAGGAUGGAAGCUUCUUUCGUGUCCCUGAUUCUGUUCCUGAGCCGGGCCUGGGAUGCCAUCACUGACCCCCUGGUGGGGUACCUGGUCAGCAGGACCACCCACACGCCCAUCGGCAAGCUGCUGCCAUGGAUGGUGAUCUCCACUCCUCUCGGGAUCCUCUCCUAUGUCCUGCUGUGGCUAGUCCCCGGCGAUUCAGCAUCUCUGGCUGUCACUCUCCCCUGGUACCUCAUCACCUGCUGCCUGUUUGAGACUUUCAUGAGUUGCUACCACGUCCCCUACACCUCGCUCAACAUGUUCCUGGGGGGACGCCAGGCGGACAGAGACUCGGCCACUGCCUACAGGAUGUGUUUGGAGAUGCUGGCCAUGUUGUUCAGCUCGGUGGUGCAGGGCCAGGUCAUGAGGGUGUUCUACACCGAGAGAGAGCACGUCUGCCUGGACACGGAGGUCCCGACCUCUCAGCACGCUCACAGCACUCUGGCUCCUGUUCACCCUGCUCUCCCAAACACGAGAAAGGCCUUCAUGACGUCUGCUGUGGUCCUGGGAAGCAUCUACUUCCUGUGUAGCCUGACUCUGUUCCUGGGAGUGAAAGAGCAGCAUGGUCAGCUCCAGUCUGAGGAGAAGACGCAUCAGCCGUAUUUCUCCAGUCUGAAGAUGCUUGUGCAACACGCCCCGUACACACGCCUGGUGCUUGGGUUCCUCUUCUCCUCCCUCGCCUUCCAGAUGUCUUUGGGGAAUUUCGCCUUGUUCUGUACACAUGCCUCAGGUCUUGGGCCUCAGUUCCAGUACAUCAUCCUUGUGCUGUUGAGCAGCGCUGCCGUCUCCGUCCCUGUGUGGCAGGUGCUCCUGGUGAGGGUGGGCAAGAGGACGGCGCUCUUCAUUGGACUGCCUCUGUUCAUCCCUGCUGUGAUAGUGCUGGUGUCAGUGCCCAGUAACCUGGCUGUGUACAUGGCUAUGAGCGUGCUCAGUGGGAGCAGCUUGGCCACGCUGUUCCUACUGCCCUGGUCCAUGCUUCCGGAUGUGAUAGAUGACUUUGCCCUGAAGAACCCCACCUGUAGGGAGAUAGAGCCUCUGUUCUUCUCCUGCUACGUGUUCUGCAAUAAGCUGGGCGGAGGGCUGUCCAUAGGGUUCUCCACCAUGGUUCUGCACUUUGCAGGCUACAAGGCGGGCGCGUGCAAACAUGGCGACGGGGUGAUAACGGCCCUGCGGGUGUUGUUUGCCCCUGUGCCUAUCGGGCUGUUAGUACUGGGUCUGGUCUUCUUCUACCUCUGCCCCAUCAAUGAGACGCACCAGCGACUGAGCAGGACGACGCCCAACAAUCAGGAGCUGUCAACAGCUGAAGCUGUCACCUGUUCCACUGAAGUGGACACUCCGAGCGCAGUACAGAGCCUGACACAGAGCGGGAGUGUUUCGCCGGGAGUGCCGCCUUUCACCUCUAGAGGUCAGAGGUCAAGUUCAAGGUCAAACUGUAGCCACAUGCCUGGUCACAUGACACCCUCUCGGAACUCAAGACAAAGCUUCUCCUCUCACCGUGCGUUGAAACAAAUGGUACCUCCCAGCUCAAACCAGAAAACAACCAGGACGAGGAUUUCACAGCGCCACACCAGUGCUUCUAGACACGACUCACUUCAGCAUCCUAUCAGACUGAAUUCAAACUUAAUUUCCCAUGAAUCUCAGCAUAGUGACCUAGAGCCAGUUUGGGCAAAGGUGACUUGGGUUUAGCAAAUAUGCUUUCAUCAAUUAUCAGCACCACAGAAGAGGUUAUUUUCUACUAGCCCCUGAUUUCUCUAAAUAAACUCUCCAUAUUAUUACACCAGUGUGCAAUGAUGAUCCUUACUUUCCAAGUUCUUUUCAACUUGGAUCUGAACGCAAAGGUGAGGCUUAUGGAUCUGGAAUAUUAGCACCAGGUGGCCCCCAAAUUAGCCUGGCCCAGGCUGGCACAGCGGUCUGAAGCUGGCUAAUGCAAACCACCGGAAACUGUUUUAGAUGUAAAGUAUGUGUACCUCCAGAAAUGCAUCAGGUAUAGUGCUGAGUAUUGGGUAAUGCAUGACUAUGACAACACAAUUUCAUUAGCAUGGGUGAAGAUGUCAGGAUCCAUAGUGUCUCUCUGUUUCCUGUUUGGAUUCUAAUGAAAGUGUUGCCCGGGUGAACCCAGACAAACAUGUCAGCAUAUUUCAAUUUUCUCUGCAGCUCCGUUUCCAAACUUCCAAUUUUAUGACUUCCAGGGGCGUAACCAGCUGUGAAAUGAAACUUAAAUUACUCAAUUAAAUUAAUUAAAU